CAUAUCCUACGACUAAGACAACUUUUCCUCCACAUUCUACGACUAUGACGUCUCCUCCCAUUCUUACUACUAAUAGAACUACUACUUCAACUUCUACUACAACUCCUAUGCCAACAACUUCUACCACCACUCGCCCUCCAGCUUUGAAUUGUUCAAAUGGGGGGAAAGAGUUUAACGGCGUGUGCGUCUGUCCUGAUGAAUGGACUGGAAAGACAUGCACAGAAGAAAAUUUCUGUAAAGCCACAAUGUUGAAUGGAUUCAAAUUUCAAGACACCCCCAAUGGCUGGUUUGCUUAUUCGGAAGAAAAAUGUCUCGUAGGAACCAGUGGAGCUGGUAAUUCUAAGGCUUCAACUAGAUGUUUGCUCAGAAACGGAUCACUGAGUUUUGAAACUCCACGAAAAUUUAAGUGUGACCUGACGCUUGCAGACAUCCAACAGAAUAUCACCAGUGGAGCAGACUUAGAGACUCUGGCAUCCAGUGCCCAGAUCCUGACGUCCAAACCUGAAAACCUGCAAUCUGAAAAUGUUACAACAGCAGCUCAGAUCGCCAACAUGCUGCUGCUGUCUCCAAAUGCCACAGAGGGUGUUAGGGUAUCAGCGAUCGCUACAGUCAGCCAGCUGCUUAACACCAAUGUGAAGAGUGAUACGACGAAAAACAACGCAACUCAGGAGCUGACACUGACGCUGGAUACACUCUCGGUGAACCUCAGUUCCAGUUCCAACAUCUCUCAGGUGGUUCAGCCAAACCUGGUGGUCCAGUCAGCUCAGGUCCAGGCUGCAGACUCUCAGGGAGUUCAGUUCACCUCCAUCCAAGGGGCUUCUGGCAGUUUUGUGGCUAACAGAAUUCAGCUGAACACCAACGUGUCAAAGGUUACCGUGGAAAAUGGUUUCAUAGCUGAUGCUCUGGUUUAUGUUCAGUUCCCACCUGGUGUCCGAGGUCAUCAGAAGUCCUCAAACAUUUCUUUGGGCUUCGUCCUCUACCAGAAUGACCGGUUCUUCCCAUCAAUGCUGUACAAGAAGCAGCGGGCUACCAUCAGGGUCUUGUCGGCCAGUGUCGGGGGUCAAGACCGCAGCGUGGUGCCGCAGCGUGUGGAGAUGCUGUUCAGACCAAGAUUUCCAAAUAGUACAUUUCUGCACGACUUCUCCUGUGUUUUCUGGGACUACACUCUGAUGGACUGGAGUACCUCAGGCUGCUCCAAAGGAAAUGCUUCAGAUGGAGUUCUGAGAUGUUUCUGCAACCACACCACCAAUUUUGCUGCUCUCUGGUCCUACAGGGAGGAUUAUGAGUAUGCAGAAGCCCUGGGUGUGCUCUCCAUUGUGGGACUUUCUGUUUCUAUCCUGGCUUUGGUUAUAACCAUCGUCCACCACAUUAAAGAGAAUUUUUGUCAGAAGUCUCGAGAGCGACAAACCAACCUGAACUCCAAGAUGUCUCUGCUUUGUAUCUACACCAGCCUGCUGGCCUUCAUCCUCACCUUUCUCUCUGGAGUCCAGAACUCCAGCCGUCAGAGCAACAAUGGGGUAGAACCCAGCACAAAGAACACAAUCCCAGACUCUGAUCAACAUGUAGAACCAGAUCAGGGCUCAUGCACGGCAGUGGCUGCUUUGCUGCACUACUUCCUGCUGGCCACCUUCUUGUGGAACAGCGUUUAUGGCACCCAGCUGGUCCUGCUGGUCCGAUCGAUGCGCCGCAGUCUGCCAUCGCACUGGACUCCUCUGAGUGUGGGAAUCGGAUGGGGAGUCCCGGCUGUCUUCAUGGCGAUCACACUGGGAGUGACCUACAGGGUGGACAAUCCCCUUAGAUACAGACAGGAAGAAUUCUGCUGGCUUGCUGCUCUGGAUCACAACAAAGAUUUCAGCUUUGGGAAACCAAUGUUCUGGGCUUUCCUUCUGCCUAUGGGCCUGAUUCUGAUCUACAACAUCAUUCUGCUAAUUCUGACCUCUCUGACCACCUGCAGGGUUGAUCCCAAGCUGACAAGCACAAACCGCUCGUCUCUGACCAAGAAGUUCCUUGUGAGUUUUUCUCUGGCCAUCCUGUUGGGUUUGUCCUGGACUCUUGGGUACUUCGUCCUUGUCACAUCAGGACAAGCCCACCUGGUCUUCAGCAUCCUGUUCUGUGUCUGUACCACCACACAGGGAUUCCAGAUCUUUAUCCUCUUCACGGCCAGAACUCGAAGCUUCAGAACUGCUGUGUUGACCUCAGUCCAGUACGUCUCCUCAGUCAGCACCCCGCUAAACUCUGCCAAGUACUAUCUGUGGAAGAACUGGAAUUCAAGCAGAACCUCUGAGACCUACAAAGACAUCCUAAACCGAGAGACCAGCAUGUAGAACCAGGACCAGGAAUGAGAAACCAAUCCGAUUCCUGAUGAGAACAUAAUCAGGAUGAAACAAACUACGUCAUCCAAGGACUUUAAAUCUAAAAGUUUCUGAACAACAUGGAUCUGAAAAUUAUCAAAUAACUCUUCUUUCAGUUUUUUAUCCAUCCAUCCAUCCAUCCAUCCAUCCAUCCAUC